AUGAAAGACCGACUUCAAGAACUGAAGCAACGAACAAAGGAAACUGAGCUCUCUAAAGACAAGGAUGUGUUGACUACAGAAGCAGAGGAACAAGGGGUGUUUCUGCAGCAAGCUGUUAUUUAUGAAAGAGAGCCUGUAGCUGAGAGACACCUAUAUGAGAUACAAAAACUACAGCAGAGUAUUAACAAUUUGACAGAUAAUGUUCAAAAAUUUGGGCAGCAACAGAAAAGUCUGGUGGCUUCAAUGAGAAGGUUUAGUCUACUUAAGAAAGAGUCUAGCAUUGCAAAAGAGAUAAAAAUCCAAGCAGAACACAUUAACAGAGGUUUGGAUGAUUUAGUAAAAGAAGUUAAAAAGUCAGAGGAUGAAAGUGGUCCAUCAUCAGUGGUCACAAGGAUACUUAAAUUUCAGCAUGCUGCAAUGUUCCGGCAUUUUCAGCAAACUAUGUUUACAUACAAUGACACAAUAGCAGCAAAACAAGAGAAGUGCAGGACAUUUAUUUUCCGUCAGCUUGAAGUUGCUGGAAAAGACCUACCUGAAGAAGAAGUAAAUGAUAUGCUUCAUCAAGGAAAAUGGGAAGUUUUUAAUGAAAGCUUACUCACAGAAAUCAGUAUCACUAAAGCACAACUCUCAGAGAUAGAGCAGAGACACAAAGAACUGGUUAAUCUGGAAAACCAAAUAAAGGAUUUAAGGGAUCUUUUCAUUCAGAUAUCUCUUUUGGUAGAGGAACAGGGAGAAAGUGUCAACAGUAUCGAAAUGAUAGUGAAUGGCACAAAAGAGUAUGUUAACACUACUAAAGAAAAAUUUGGACUAGCUGUAAAAUACAAAAAAAGAAAUCCUUGCAAGAUAUUGUGUUGUUGGUGUUGUCCAUGCUGUGACUCAAAAUAA